AUGGCGACUACAAACGAUUUCCCCGCAAGCGAUGUCAAUAGCUACGACUAUGUCAUUGUUGGUGGUGGCACGGCUGGCUGUGUCAUUGCCAGUCGAUUGGCUCAGUAUUUGCCCAACAAGCGCAUCCUGGUCAUCGAGGGAGGUCCCAGUGACUUCAUGGAUGACCGAGUCCUGAAUUUGAGGGAAUGGCUCAACCUCCUGGGAGGCGAGCUGGAUUAUGAUUAUCCCACCACUGAACAGCCUAUGGGCAACAGCCAUAUCCGUCACUCACGUGCCAAGGUUCUGGGCGGUUGCUCCAGCCACAACACACUCAUCUCUUUCCGUCCUUUUGAGUAUGACUGCAGAAGAUGGGAAGAGCAAGGCUGCAAGGGCUGGUCCUUUGAGACCUUCACUCGCGUUAUCGACAACUUGCGGAACACCAUUCAGCCUGUCCACAGCCGUCAUAGGAACCAGCUGUGCAAGGACUGGGUGGCGUCUUGUUCCACUGCCAUGAACAUCCCUGUCAUCCACGAUUUCAACAAGGAAAUCCGAUCCAAGGGCCAAUUGACUGAAGGUGUUGGUUUCUUCUCUGUCUCCUACAACCCCGAUGAUGGUCGUCGCAGCAGCGCUAGCGUGGCCUAUAUCCACCCCAUCCUGCGUGGGGAAGAGAAGCGCCCCAACCUGACUAUCUUGACCAAUGCCUGGGUGUCUCGCGUGAAUGUCGAGGGAGACUCUGUGACUGGUGUCGAUGUGACGCUACAAUCCGGCGUCAAGCACACCCUGCGUGCCAAGAAGGAGACCAUCCUGUGUGCUGGUGCCGUUGAUACCCCGAGACUGAUGCUACUUUCUGGUCUGGGACCUCGUGAACAACUAACAUCUGUUGGAAUCCCGGUGGUCAAAGACCUUCCGGGUGUUGGCGAGAACCUUAUUGAUCAUCCCGAGAGUAUCAUUAUUUGGGAGCUCAACCGUCCGGUCCCUCCUAACCAGACCACAAUGGAUUCAGAUGCUGGCAUCUUCUUGCGGCGCGAGGUCCCCAAUGCAGCUGGUUCUGACGGGAACGCUGCUGAUCUCAUGAUGCACUGCUACCAGAUUCCUUUCUGCCUUAACACGAGCCGCUUGGGAUACGAUACUCCUGUCGAUGCCUUCUGCAUGACCCCGAACAUCCCCCGCCCUCGCUCCCGUGGUCGUCUCUACCUGACCUCGGCAGAUCCCUCUGUGAAGCCGGCACUGGAUUUCCGCUAUUUCACGGAUCCCGAGGGCUACGAUGCCGCUACCAUCGUCGCUGGUUUCAAGGCUGCCCGUAAAAUUGCCCAGCAGGCUCCGUUCAAGGACUGGAUCAAGCGUGAGGUAGCGCCCGGACCUCAAGCGCAGACUGACGAGGAACUGUCAGAGUAUGGUCGCCGUGUGGCGCACACAGUCUAUCACCCGGCCGGAACGACAAAGAUGGGAGACGUCGUCCGCGACCCCCUGGCUGUUGUGGACCAUCAGCUUAAGAUCCGUGGAUUGAAGAAUGUCCGUAUCGCAGACGCCGGUGUCUUCCCCGAGAUGCCCACAAUCAAUCCGAUGUUGACUGUGCUGGCUGUUGGCGAACGGGCGGCCGAGCUCAUUGCUGAAGAGGCGGGUUGGAGCCGGGAGCAGCCCAAGCUGUGA